AGGACAUGAAGUUGGUAGCACUGAACAUCAGACUGGGGAAAUUUUUCUUCCUUAGUUAAUUUGUACGUCCAUCACACGUGAAAUUUCAUCAGUUAAUAAUUCUUACUGUUAUUUGACUAGAAAACACUUUAAGGUAAAAUGCCGCUUUCGUGUCGAUUUUUUAAAGAGAAAUAUCCUGAAGUGGAGGAUGUGGUUAUGGUAAAUGUUAGGGCCAUAGCAGAAAUGGGUGCCUAUGUGCACCUUCUAGAAUACAACAAUAUAGAGGGAAUGAUUCUCCUUUCUGAAUUGUCUAGAAGACGUAUUCGUUCAAUCAAUAAAUUGAUAAGAGUGGGCAAAACAGAACCUGUUGUGGUGAUAAGAGUAGACAAAGAAAAGGGAUACAUUGACUUGUCCAAGAGAAGAGUAAGUGCUGAAGAUGUUGACAAGUGCACAGAGAGAUUUGCUAAAGCUAAAGCAGUCAAUUCAAUCUUAAGGCAUGUUGCCGAAUUAUUAAAAUAUGACUCUGAUGAGCAACUUGAAGAAUUAUAUCAAAAAACUGCCUGGCACUUUGAGGAAAAAUACAAGAAACAAAAAGCUAGUGCUUAUGAUUUCUUCAAACAAGCUGUAAUAGAUCCCAGCAUUUUAGCAGAAUGUAAUUUAGAUGACAAAACUAAAGAAGUAUUGUUAAGUAACAUUAAGAGGAAAUUAACUUCUCAGGCUGUGAAAAUCAGAGCAGAUAUUGAAUGUGCCUGUUAUGGCUAUGAAGGUAUUGAUGCUGUUAAAGCUGCUUUGAAAGCUGGCCUUUCACUGUCAACAGAAGAUUUACCUAUUAAAAUUAAUUUAAUUGCUCCACCUUUAUAUGUAAUGACCACAUCAACUCCAGAAAAAACUGAUGGCUUAAAAAUACUGAAUGAAGCAAUUGAACAAAUUAAGACGAAAAUUGCUGAAUUAGGUGGAGUGUUUAAUGUUCAAAUGGCGCCAAAAGUGGUUACAGCAACUGAUGAAGCUGAAUUAGUGAAACAAAUGGAACGAGCCGAAAUGGAGAACGCCGAAGUCGCUGGCGAUGACGACGAAGAAGAGCAAGAUGAAGGUCAAGUUUACAGUGAAGGUGAUGGAGAAGGCGGUGAUGGAGGCAACACAGAUGAAGACUAACUCUAAUUGUAUAAAAUUUGUUUCUUAGGAAUAAAAAUCUUAUAAUUAAAACAGGAUUUUAAGACCUAAAUAACAUGUUUUAUAUAUAGACAUAGUAUUAAAUUUUUGUAAAAGAAUUAAUACUACCGAUAUAUAAAUAUUUAUAUGAAUUUUUUAUUUUUUGAGUUUCAUAUGGGUCAAUAUUUUAAACCUAAUAAAAUAUUGCUACAGAA